ACCCACUGUUUCUCGCGUUGAAGCCCAUUUGCCUCUCCUGUUGAAAUUCGCAUGAACUCUAGAGUUAGGUUGCUUCUUCUGUUACUCCUACCGUGGCUCCUACCGUGAGUGACCUAAUUCAGGCAGCUCUAUCUCGUCGUCAGUUGCCCAGUCGCGUCGUGGAUUUCCGGCUUUUGGUCCUUAUCUCCGUUACACACACAUCCGCUACCGUUCAUAGUAGUCCACCAAGAUGGGCAAGAAGCAGCACAGCAAGGACCGCAUGUUCAUCACCACAACGGAGUGGGCCUCGGAGUGGGGGGGAGCAAAGGCGAAAGACCAACGCACGCCCUUCCGCCGCCUCCCCUUCUACUGCUGUGCGGUCUCCUUUACUCCUUUCGAAGACCCAGUUUGCUCUCCAGAGGGCCACGUCUUCGAUAUUGUCAACAUUGUUCCGUACAUCCAGAAGUUCAAGCGUAACCCGGUUACCGGCAAGCCUUUUGCUCUGAAGGACCUGAUCAAGCUCCACUUCCACAAGAACGCCGAUGGCGAGUACCACUGCCCUGUUUUGAAGAAGGUGUUUACUGAGUUUACCCACAUCGUUGCUGUCAAGACAACGGGCAACGUGUUCUGCUACGAGGCGAUCAAGGAGCUGAACAUAAAGCCCAAGAACUGGAAGGAGCUUCUCACAGACGAGCCCUUCACACGUGCUGACAUCAUCACCAUUCAGGACCCCAAUAAUCUGGACGCCAACGUGCUCACAGACUUUGACCAUGUGAAGCAGAACCUCUCAGCUCAGAAAGAAGGCGAGGAGGGAGCAGCAUCGGGUGUCAACGCUGCAGUCUCAGAGAGCAUCCAGCGCGUUCUGGCAGCCCUGCCCAAGAAUGAUGGAGAGGAGCCUGGAGUGGGUUCAUCCAAGGGUGCAUCCCAGCUGCUGCUGGGGGGGGGAGGCAGCAAGGCGAGGAAGGAAGCAGCAGCAGCAAUGGCGGCUCUAGAGGCGAGAAAAGCAGAGGAGGUUGCUGCUGCUGCUGCUGCUGCUGCUAGAGAGGCUCUAGCUUCCCAAGAGGGGGAAGGGGGAGGGGGAGAAGGAGGGGGAGGAGCAGGAGGAGAAGAGGGAGGAGGAGGAGGGGGAGGGGGAGGGGGAGGGGGAGGGGGACGGGGAGAGGCAGGAGGAGCGUCAGGCACUGGUGGGAAAGGGGGAAAAGGCGGGGAGAAGGGGAAGCGGAAGAGGGGAGAGGAGCGGGAAGCAGAGCAGCAGAAGAAGCACGUCCAGCAGCAGAUCAAGCAGAGGCAGAAGGAGGUCGAAGCCCCUUCCAUCGCCACCGGCGCCACCACAACUAUGAGCAUUGUAGAUGCUGCUAGCGCUGCUCUCUCUGGUCGUAGCGCCGCUGCUGCAAAGGCGACGGAUGAUAAGAAGGCGCAUGCGCGCGCCGCGGCACAUGCAGCGGGGCAGCGUGUGCUGAUUAAGGAGAACACAAAGCUGGUGCGGAGCGCGUAUACGUCAGGAGCGACGACACGGUCGUUCACUUCGACGGUGUAUGAGCCGGUGACGACGACGGAGUAUGAGAUGGUGCGGGUGGAGAAGAAGCCGAAGAAGAAAGGGUACUGCCGCGUGCACACGAGCGCGGGCGACCUGAAUGUGGAGCUGCACUGCGAUAUCGCGCCCAGAACGUGCGAGAACUUCCUCACCCUGGCAGAGAGGGGAUAUUACAACGGGACCAUCUUUCAUCGGUGCAUACGCAACUUCAUGAUUCAAGGAGGUGAUCCAACAGGGACGGGAAAAGGAGGGCAAUCUGCAUGGGGCAAGCCGUUUCAAGACGAGUUUGACUCGCGCCUGCUGCACAGCGAGAGGGGCGUGCUCUCCAUGGCCAACAGCGGGCCACACUCCAACGGAUCACAGUUCUUCGUGCUGUUUAAAUCGGCGCCCCAUCUUAACUACAAGCACUCCGUGUUUGGGCGCGUGGUGGGGGGUCUAGAGACACUUGCUGCCAUGGAAAAGAGUGCUGUGGACGACAAGGACAAGCCCCUGAAACCCAUCACGAUAGAGAGCAUCACUGUAUUUGUGAAUCCAUACACCGAGGUGGAUCCCGAGGCAGAGGCGGAGGAGGCAGCAGCGAGGGAGAAGGAGGAGAAGGAGAGGAAAGCCAAGGAGAUGACAUGGGAGGAGCAGCAGGAGCUGGAUGCGGUCGGGAGUUGGUACAGCAACCCCUUAGCAGGCAAAGAGGCACCGAAAGUGUUCAAGUCACAAGGAAUUGGCAAGUAUCUGAACCCAUCACAGACAAAAGCCCCUGAAGCCAGUGGGUCUGGCUCAUCGAAGGCCAUGGGUCCACCAUCAGUGCCAGUGAAAAAGGCCCACCCAAGCUCGUCGUAUGGGAACUUUGAUGGCUGGUAGUUUUGGUGAAGUGUUCUUGACGCAUUCCCUUGUUCUGGUUGGAAAAAUACUGUAUAGAUGUCUGUGUAAGUGAUCCUAUACCGUUGUUGGCUACAUGUCUUAUCAAUCUUGUAAGAAAUUAUUUCCCUCAUAAAAUCAGGCUUGACAU